UUCCCUCCCAUUCAUAAAAAAGCCAUUUUCCCAGGCAGUGGUUGCAACAUCGCCGCGGAGGCAGCGAGAGAAGCUGACAGCGCGGAGCUGGCGCUGCGGAGCGCAGGAAGCUGUGUGGGUUCCUCCCGCCGGCGUCUGCGAGGACAGCGGCGUCUGACCCACUUGGGUUCGGGGAUUUGCACAGACGUGGAGCAAUGCUCGUGACUCUGAGGCUCCUCAAAGGCCCCUAGAAGCCUGUUUCUCAGCGCAGUCCAGGACCUCCAGCCCAAUGGAGCCCCCGAUCCCACAGAGCGUCCCCUUGACUCCCAGCUCACUCAUGGUCCAGCCCCUUCUUGACAGCCGAAUGCCCCACAGCCGGCUCCAACACCCACUCACCAUCCUUCCCAUCGACCAGAUGAAGACUAGCCAUGUGGAGAACGACUACAUAGACAACCCUGGCCUGGCACCCCCCACCGGCCCUAAGCGGACCCGGGGUGGGCCCCCGGAGCUGGCCCCGAUGCCUGCCCGCUGUGACCAGGACGUCACCCACCACUGGAUCUCCUUCAGUGGGCGCCCCAGCUCUGUGAGCAGCAGCAGCAGCACGUCCUCUGACCAGCGGCUCUUAGACCACAUGGCACCACCGCCGGUGGCGGACCAGGCCUCCCCGAGGGCUGUGCGUAUCCAGCCCAAGGCUGUCCACUGCAAGCCGCUGGACCUCAAGGGCCCAGGAGUCCCACCAGAGCUGGACAAGCACUUCCUGCUGUGCGAGGCCUGUGGGAAGUGUAAGUGCAAGGACUGCGCGUCCCCCCGGACGUUGCCCUCCUGCUGGGUCUGCAACCAGGAGUGCCUGUGCUCGGCGCAGACCCUGGUCAACUAUGGCACCUGCAUGUGCCUGGUGCAGGGUGUCUUCUACCACUGCACCAACGAGGACGAUGAGGGCUCGUGUGCUGACCACCCCUGCUCCUGCUCCCGCUCAAACUGCUGCGCCCGCUGGUCCUUCAUGGGCGCCCUCUCCCUGGUGCUGCCCUGCCUGCUGUGCUACCUGCCCGCCACCGGCUGCGUGAAGCUGGCCCAGCGCGGCUACGACCGCCUACGCCGCCCUGGUUGCCGCUGCAAGCACACGAACAGCGUCAUCUGCAAGGCCACCGCCAGCGACGCCAAGGCCUGCAGACCCGACAAGCCUUUCUGACACUUUGGGUCGAAGCCCCCGCGCUCCCCCUGGAAACUUGGGUCCCUUCCGAAGCCCGAGAAGACCGCAGCGAGGCCAGAGGCUUUCGUGUCCUGAGGCUGACCUUGUCUGUCUGCCUGCCCAGCCCGAGCUUCUAAAGACACAGAGACCCCCCCGUCACCCACCCUCUUCCCCAAAAGGAUGAAGAAGCACUUUGGGUUUUUUUUCAGGGUCCUGGAACUUUGUGUCAGACAGACAGUGGCAGGGGCGUGGUGUGGUGUGGGGGGAUUUUUUUUCAGAAGACGGAACACAGAUGUGGCCACAUAUCCGGAAGUUGCAGCUGCUUGAAUGCCUUCCCAGUUCUCCCGCCUCUCUCCCUCCCCCCCCUUUUCCAUUCUCUUUGGCUGCCUGGGAGGAACCAUUAACUGAAUGGCCAGGGGACCUUCGAAGAAGACCCUUGGAGUCUUGACGUCUAUACCUUCUUCUCCUCCCCUUCUUACCCCACAGUGGAAUAUCUCGAGGAAGGUGUAGUAGACCCUGGCAGUCCCUGUUGUACAUACUCGGGAGCCCCUGAGAACAGGACGGCCCGGGCGUUAGCCCAGGCCGCGUUCCUCGCUCUGUCUCCGGAGCCACAGAUGGAUUUAGGAGCCACUACACAGAGCAUCUCUCCCUUCUGGCUCUAUCACUAACUCUUGGGGUGUUCCACUUACAACACCGUGCUCCAGUUCUUACUGAGUCACAGGCUCACCUGCCUGCUACGUGUCCCAAGUUCGCUCUACCCAGAUCCUUUUCAGAAACUUUAUGGGUCGAGAAGCCCAGGGCGGCAAAUGCGAGACCAAAUAUCAUUUUGCCAAUGAGUCUGAGGCUGUGGUCUCUGGAUCCAGUCAUUACGUUUUUAUAGAAUAAUUAAACCAGAUGCUAACGGUGUUUUAGAAAACAAUAAUAAAACACUUGCUUCCUUUUGGGCCACCCCCCAGGAAGGGCUGAUUUCAAAAUCUGGGGGGGCGAGCAACCUCAAGGAACACAACCCCCCUCCCCACCAAGAAGAGGAUUUUAACAGCAAAGAAGAGAGGCAGCACCUCCCGUUGGCAGAGUGACAGUGGAGCCGAGCUGGGUGUGGGUUUCUUCUCUUCUGAUUCUGCUGCUUGCUGUCAUAGCCUUUUAUGUACAGUGAUGUGUCUGUAUCUUUAAUGUAAAUAGACAGAUGAUGAAAAAAGAGUCUAUUUUAGUGCUAGAAAGCCCUGACGGGGGAGUCGGAAGAGCAUGGGUAGGGAAAACAUUCCCCAGGGACUUCUUGGGGUUGAGCCCCGCUUCUGUGCGUGGCCGCACCACCCCGUCCCGACAGCCCCAAAGACGUAGCAACUCUUUCUCUCAAGGUGCUAAAGGACUCAGAAAGUGCAGCACGUCCAGUGGGUAGGUACUUGUUGCAUGCAAACGCGGUAGUGUGUCUGGUCCUUCUCCCCAGCUAUUCUACGGGGCUUUUGCUUCAUGUGGUAUUUUGUGUCGUCUCCCCAACCCCCCAAGGAGAGGAAGUGGCUUGGGUCAGAAAAGCCUCCCCAGGUGAAACUGGAAGUGCAUUCGGUAGAGCGUUUGUAGCGUUUCCAGUGUGUUCUGUAGGAACAGAACUGUCCAGAAAGGAGGCAAGGAGGCAGGUAGCUGUGAUUGGCACGCAUCCAGUGCUUCUCAAGGACUUUUCUUUUCCCCCCUUCUCGAAGACUAGUAGUAACAUCUUAUGAUUUAGAAUAAGUUAAUUGUAACCAUAGGUAUUUAUUGAUUGGAGGAAAGGAGGGGAGGGUCUUAUUAUGUUAGGCUUUAUUUAUAUAACACUUGCUAGCUUGUAAAAGGCAAAUAUGAAAUACUGCAUCUGCAUUUUCUAAGGCUGAUUCAUGUAGCUACCCUUGCCACAGUCGUGAUGGAUGUUCUUGCACAAACGGAGAGAAUGGUAGGAAAAAACACAUUCAGCCAACCACUUAUACUAAUUGAAUGUAUCAGAUGUGUACUGAAGGGACUUGGCGACGUCUUCCUCAGAAUAGGUGUGCCGAGGUUAACCCCCAAAGGAGAGGGCACGUGUCCGCUCUUGGCGAGGCCUCGGAACUUUUCCCAGAGCCUCUCCUUCAGAUGUCUCCAUGGGAAACUUGACCCAGUGGCAAGUUGCACUUUGGUGAUGGUGUUCUACACGCCCAUUCUGUGGAGAACUGAUAUACAUAAGCUGUGUGUACAUACACACACACACACCUACCCCACCGACCCCCUCUCUACAGACCCUGUUUCUGGCAAACAGCCUCCUGAACCCUGACUUUUUGUGUACAUAGUUGUAAACACGGACGUCUCUGGGUUUUAGUUUUCUGUUUUCUUUCCCUCCCCCGUUUUGGCUUGUUCUUUUUAGUUUGCAUUUAACCUGCUAGAUGGAUGUCGGCAGAACUCGCGUCCCAUGUGGUCGGUGGUGAAGGGAAGGAGUGGAACAGCUUGGUUUCUCCCAGCUCCUUUGCAUAGCAGUCCCCCAGCAUGUUUUUUUCGGCUUCUUGGCAAAACAACAGAAAACUGGCUUGCCCGUGGACCCCGGGGGCCAGCCAAGGGCCACUGAGGGACCAAGCUCUCAGAAAGACAACACAUUUCUGUGGCUGCUUCUGGAUAAUUGUGUUUUCUGUCAUCAACGGCUUGCUUGGCUGGAUUAGACCUCAUCUUGACCUUUUUUGAAAAGUGCCAGCUAGUUUCCACUUCUGGUCAACCUGGAGUGGGUGGUGGUUCUACCAGGAAUUGGGGGUGGGGCCACAAGCCUGGGUCCAGGAUACUUGUCCUAGGGGACCCUGGUUGCUCCCCUCUCAGGGGUGGGUUUUUGAAGGCCCAAAACUCCAGCAAGCACCCUGGGAACUGGGUCUAGGAGAGCAAAGCCCUCCCAGAUAGAUGACGGGGCAUAACAAGGUAUCACCACCCCUGGCUAGAAGGAGGUGGAGACCAGUCCCUGCUGUUGAUGUGGGCCCCUUCAUAGCUGACAGAGAUGGAAGACCUUCAUGUGACACAUCUGGUUCUUUCAGCAUUGCUGGAGUCUCCGUUGGUCCCCAGUGUACAUCGAGUGAGACCCAGUUAGAUAAUGACUUGUCCAAGGUUGCACAACAUGGAAAGUAAAGUGUUGGUUGGGACCAGCACCCAGAUUCCGUCACCUCAAAGCUUCAUGUUCUCCCAUGCUGCCCCAGGAGAUGUCUGACGGGGUGUGGGCAGCACAACUUGCACUGUACAAUUCUGUUCACUAGGGCAUCCCGCAAGCUUCACCGGUCUUCUGGUUCAUGCCUUCCGAAAGCAUUUUCAUGCCCUCUGCUUACUGUGACAGCUGAUGACGAUUUCUUGCGCUGCCGUUUUUUUGCUGUGGGUAACUCCAUGUGGUGUCUUAUCUUGCUUUCUCUUCUCACUGCCCCACAGUUUGGUUUUGUGUUAGAAAAGCUGUUCAAGGUUCCCAUUCCACCACAGUCUUACUUCAUUUUCCCUCUUCACUCUAGUCCCUUCACACCCCCACAACAAAAGUUACCACAGAAGGUUCCCUUUGUAUAGAAUAUUUAUUUUGAAGCUCUAUUUUAAUAGUAUUUAUUUUAGAAAGUCUACUAUUGUAAGAGUUCUUCUGUUUGUGAAGAAAAAAACAAGUUAAAACUGAAUGUACUGAUCUAGAAAUAUAUAUAUAAAUAUAUAUUGUUAAAUAUA